AUGUUGACCGCAGUCUUAAAACCGAAAACUAGAAAGUCGAUUAGCAAACCAAGUCGUAAAGGAAAGAAAGCCUGGAGAAAAAAUGUCGAUAUAACUGAAGUUGAAGAAGCUUUGGAAAGGAUAAGAGAGGAGGAAAGAACGUUAGGUGGUAAUCUUAAUGACAUACCGACAGAAAAACUUUUUGCAGUAGAUGUAAAGGGAGUUCCUGAAGUCAAAACAAAAAUCGACAAGAAAUUCGCAAAACUACAUAUUGAUCAAGUUUUAGAGAACCACAGUAAGAUCCCUGAAGUUUUUUCAAAACAAAGACCAAGUUAUGACAAAAAACAUGGUUCAAAGUAUAACAAGAUGACGCUAGAAAAGUUUAUAAAGAAAAAUCAAAGUAAAAAUUCAAGUGAUAUACAAUCUAGUGAGGUGGUUAAAAGGACUGGAGAAUAUGAUGUAUGGGCACAAGUACACAAUCAAUCAGAAGAUUUUUUGCAUUUAAUAAAGGAACAAAAAAUUAAGCCACCUCCAACCUUGAAUAUGAAACCUGCAGUUAACAUUCCCGCUGUUCAUAUUCCACACCAUGGAUCAAGCUAUAUGCCAUCGUUUAAAGAGCAUCAGGAACUCCUUAUGAUUGCUCAUGAGGAAGAAGUCGUCAAAUUAAGGAAAAUGGAACAUAUCAAAUCUAAACUUCCAAGCAUUCCCUCUGCGUUUAAAAUAGAGGGUAUAAUUAAUGAAAAUGAUGAAAAAUCAGAGGAUGACGACUCCGGAAGUGAAGAAAUUAAAGAAAAAUUUAUUGUUAAAACUAAAGAGCAACGUAGAAAGACAAAAGCUGAACGGAACAAGGAAAAAAGAAAAUUGGCGAGUAUGAAAGAGGUGGAACAAAAAAAGACGUUAAAAGUCUUGAAGAAAGAGUUGGAAAAAAAUGAUAAGGCUUUAUAUAACUGUUACCUUAUUCAACAUCAAAACAAUAGACUUCCUGAGCUUCUCAAAACCGUUGAAAUUGAACGCGCUGAGCAUGAAGAAAAGAUGGUUGAGCGGACAAAAUUGGCUGAAGAGAUGACAAAAAUGCCAAAGAAAAAAAUUGGCAAAUAUCGAGUUCGAAAAGCACCAAUUGAUUUUAAACUCACAGAAGAAUUGGAAGGGGCGCUAAGACUUUUAAAGCCUGAAGGAAAUCUUUUCCGUGAUAGGAUGAUUAGUUAUGAAGAACGUAAUAUUAUUGAGCCAAGAGUACCUGUCAGGUAG